AUGUUUGAAAAAUCGCGAGCGUCGUUAGAGCUACCGUCAGAGUCUGCUUUCUUUUCACCAAUCAGAAGCUUGUUUCAAAGAAACUUAAACUAUGAGGGUACAUCCCAUGUUGAAGAUCAUUUCGAGUUCAUUUGUUCAGUUCGAUUCUAUAACCAACAUCUGAGAAUGAUGCAGCUAAGCUUUUCAACAAUAUCUUCUUUUUUGGAUAUGAUGCAAAAUAAGGCUACGCUCAAAGAAAUUAGUCCACUAGAGAUGGAAAAGCUUCGUAAUGUUGAAUUGAAUGGUGUCUUUUCUUGGCUUGACAGUAUCACCGCUUAUAAGCAUUUGUCGUCGGCUGACCAGGAAAAUCUACUGAAGAGAUAUUCCAUAAGGAAAGUGAGCUUGGAUCGUUUUUAUAUAGCUUCCCUCCAUGUUUAUGAGCUGCAAAGAAAGAAUUUCGUUUUGAACAAUAACACAUUCAUUCCGCCAAAUCGGACAGGCUUUGAAGUUGUAGAGGAAGAUGAGAAACAAAUCAAAUUCAAAAAUGAAACAUUCGCAGAAACAAAUGCUAGGUCGUGGAAGAAUGUUGUGCUACGGUUCACAGACUUGUCAAUUAAAGAUGCAGAGGUGGUUUAUCUUCAGUAUAUGCUACUUUGGAGUGUUGCCAAUUAUGCUUAUGUCUCUGGUGACGCCAAGAAAAUGAUGAAAGAUCAACGUAACCGAGUUAUGAGCAACCUUUUCGAGUACUACUCUUUAUCGAAAACUGAGGAACCUGAGGUUCGUUUUGCGGAAAUAACGAUGCUAUUAGGAGAACUAGAGGAAGUGUUUGAUAUGCAUUGCCUCGACAUUCAAAUUUUCGAAGUUUUCGGUCUAAGUGGACUUGGAAACACAUGGUAUGUUGAUGUUUGUCAUUCACAACUCAACAACCCACGACUUGAAUGGGAUUUUAAUAUGAUUGAGAACUUGAAGGAUCUUAACUUUCGUAAUAUUCAAGAAUGUGCUAAGAAAUGGAAAAUAAGCUGUUUGAAUGAGUAG